GCGCACUUCCCAGAGCCCGGGCGCUUUUGGGCGUUGCGCGGCGGCUGGCCGGAGCCGGUUACCAAGGCGACGCCUGCAAAGAUGGCUGCUGCGUCUUCGUCGGAUUCCGACAGCGGCCGAGCUGAGAGCAACGAGGCAAGUUCGAAAUGGCUGGACGCACACUACGACCCCAUGGCCAACAUCCAUACCUUUUCCGCCUGCUUGGCGCUGGCAGAUUUGCACGGGGAUGGGGAGUACAAGCUGGUGGUGGGGGACCUUGGCCCCGGUGGGCAGCACCCCCGCCUGAAGGUGCUCAAGGGACCCGCAGUGCUGACUGAAAGUCCUCUACCUGCACUGCCAGCUGCGGCCGCCACCUUCCUCAUGGAGCAACACGAGCCCCGGACGCCCGCUCUAGCACUCGCUUCAGGCCCUUGUGUGUAUGUAUAUAAGAAUCUUAGGCCCUACUUCAAGUUCAGCCUGCCCCAGCUGCCUCCAAACCCCCUGGAGCAAGAUCUUUGGAACCAGGCCAAGGAGGACCGGAUUGACCCCUUGACCCUGAAGGAGAUGCUGGAAGGCAUCCGGGAGAAGGCAGAGGUGCCUUUGUCUGUACAGUCCCUCAGGUUUUUACAGCUGGAGCUGAGUGAAAUGGAGGCAUUCGUGAGCCAGCACAAGUCCAAGUCCAUUAAGCGGCAGACAGUCAUCACCACCAUGACCACCUUAAAGAAGAACCUGGCCGACGAAGAUGCUGUGUCCUGCCUGGUGCUGGGCACCGAGAACAAGGAGCUCCUGGUACUGGACCCGGAGGCCUUCACCAUUUUGACCAAGAUGAGCCUACCCAGCGUGCCCGUCUUCCUGGAGGUUUCUGGCCAAUUCGAUGUGGAGUUCCGGCUCGCCGCCGCCUGCCGCAACGGGAACAUCUAUAUCCUGAGAAGAGACUCCACACGCCCCAAGUACUGCAUCGAGCUGAGUGCCCAGCCUGUGGGGCUCGUCCGGGUACACAAGGUCCUGGUGGUGGGCAGCACCCAAGAGAGCCUGCAUGGCUUCACCCACAAGGGUAAGAAGCUGUGGACAGUGCAGAUGCCAGCAGCCAUCUUGACCAUGAACCUCCUAGAGCAGCGCUCGCGGGGCCUGCAGGCCGUCAUGGCUGGGCUGGCCAAUGGAGAAGUCCGCAUUUACCAUGAUAAGGCCCUGCUGAAUGUCAUCCGCACCCCGGAUGCAGUGACCAGCCUUUGCUUCGGCCGCUACGGGCGGGAAGACAACACCCUCAUCAUGACUACACGGGGCGGUGGCCUGAUCAUCAAGAUCCUGAAGCGUACGGCAGUGUUUGUGGAAGCAGGAGGUGAGGUGGGCCCCCCACCAGCCCAGGCGAUGAAACUCAGUGUGCCCCGAAAGACCCGGCUUUAUGUGGAUCAGACACUGCGAGAGCGGGAGGCUGGCACCGCCAUGCACCGAGCCUUCCAGACCGACCUCUACCUGCUGCGCCUCCGGGCCGCCCGUGCCUACGUGCAGGCCCUCGAGUCCAGCCUGAACCCCGUGUCCGUGACGGCCCGGGAGCCCCUCAAGCUGCACGCUGUGGUUCAGGGCCUGGGCCCCACCUUUAAGCUCACGCUUCACCUGCAGAACACAUCAGCAGCCCGGCCCAUUCUGGGGCUGCUGGUCUGCUUCCUGUACAACGAGGUGCUCUAUGCUCUGCCCCGGGCCUUCUUCAAGGUCCCCUUGCUGGUGCCAGGACUCAGCUACCCGCUGGAGACCUUUGUGGAGAGUCUCAGUGACAAGGGCAUCUCAGACAUCAUCAAGGUGCUGGUGCUUCGAGAAGGCCAGAGCGCACCGCUGCUGAGUGCCCAUAUCAACAUGCCCGUGAGCGAGGGACUGGCAGCCGCCUGACCCCUGGACUGGUGUUGAGAGAGCCCUGCGGAAUCAGGACCAGGAAGUACAGCUCCUUGCACCGAGCUGGGCGGAGCGAGUGGCCCCAGGCCCAUUCCCCAGUGUUGGGGCUACAGUUUCCUUCUCCCAUGUGUCUCGUUU